UACAUUCAUUAAAAUGGUUAAGAGAUUGGAUUACAAAGAGUGAGGGCGAGAGCGGGAAAAGUCCACAUUAAAAAUUUAUCAGAGAAGGCAGUAUAUUCUUUUCAUUUUCCUUGCUAAGCGUGCUUUCCUGGUUGUGGUGAGAUUGGUGUCCAAUCGGCUGUGAAAACAGAAGUGGUGGACCUACAUUUGGCACAGGUUGAAGCAGGAGGAGUAGCAGGAGCAGGGCAGCAGCUUCUUUAUGGUUUUUCCUGGUAAAACAAGAAAUAAAAAUGAUGAAUGGCCGACAGGUAUGAACAUGGAGGGUUUCCUAAAAUGAGAAACGAUAAAGAAUACUUGGAGGGAGAAGGAGAUGAAGAAGGAGAAGGAGAAAGAGAGAGCUUGUUGAGGAGGUUGGUACAGCUGCUGCAGCCCAACAACAGAGAUCUUGCAGCAAACUGGGCGGUGGACGUCAGCGCAGAGCUUCAGAAUUACUUGAACCAUCUGGCCGUCACUUCACUUUUUCAAGACGGUUCAGGUUCCUCCUCUCUGAAUUUUGCUCAAGCUGCUCUAUUGAUACAAGGAUCGAUUCAGAUAUACAGCAGGAAGGUUGAAUACCUGUAUUCUCUUGUCGUGCAAGCAUUGGAAUUCAUUGCCCAGAAGAAACAAGUGCAGCAGGAGAAGGGUUCCGUCCAAGCAGAUGGUAAUGAUGUUGAUGUUUUAGAGGAGGAGGGAGAGGAGGAAUUUUUGAAUUUGGAUGAUGUAGAAGAGGAAACAAACAUUGACAUUGAUGAUGAGGGAUUUGAAGCUAGUGCAUUGACUCCUGUAACCAAGCCACCUGCAAGUUUACUUGUUUUAGAAGGGGAAGGUGCAGAUGUUGCCGGUGAUGCAGGCGAGCUUGCUGCUUAUCAGAUUGCCACUAGCAGCCUUCAUAGGGAUUUUCUUCUAUUGGAUCCUUGUGAUGCUGAUGCUGUCGAUAAACUUUUAAAUAAUGCAUUUUCCAAGGGAACUCCAAGUCAGCCUUCUGGUUCUGUACGCCAUAGGACUCCAAGGACUCCCAGAAAUGAAUUUUCUACGCCAGGCAAAAGAGUUGCAUCUACCCAGAAAUCUGGACUUUCAAAAGGGAACAGUAUAGUAAAGGGACCCAGUUUUGAUGAUGUGGCUUAUGGGCAGGGAACCAUUGCUAAUUGUAACCAGUCUAUUUUUGAUACACAGGAUCUUGGGAAUGAUGGAACCAAUAACUUUGAUACACCACACAUUGACAUUAAUACAAAUACUUUUGGAGGGCCUGCUGAUCCAGAAGAUGAUUUUUCUGAGGAAGAAGAUGAUCCUUGGAAACCCUUGAAUCCCCAUGAAUGUGGGGAUUUACCUGUAAAACCAUAUAGACGAGGUUUAUUAAAUAAGAGACAAAAAGCGAAGGAAAGUACUCAGGUUAGAUCGGCACUUGAGUUUCCCUUAGCAAGAAGAUUUGGCACAGUUUGUCCAGGGUUUCAAAAUGUCUCUGAGUCGUGGAAACACGGUUGUCAUGGAAAACAAGACUCACAGUCACCUCCAAUUUAUGAAAAGCUAAGAAGUUCAUUUGGUUUGAACGAAAAAACUCCUUUUCAUGCUUCUGGAGUUGGUGAUGAUGGUGUUGAUGGUGAUGAUGGUGAUGAGAGUUUUGGGUUCAGAGAUGAUGGCAUUCAAGAUGAUGCUGCAUUUGAAGACCAUGUUGGGGCUUCUGGUAAUGACUUUGUGGACAUGGACAUCCCUGUUAAGGUUAGAGAGUUUUCAAAUGGUGACAAUCUUGCUGGGCUUGAUGGUGCUACCUAUCAUGAGAAGGAUUUGGAUGGUGGGGGAAACUUUGAAGAUCUUUGUUUUGCACAUAUGGAUGCUGUUUUGCGCAAUUUUUCUGAAAAGCAGACAGACCUAGCAAACAGAGUUUCAAGUUGGAAGCAAAAAAUUGAAAAGAAUCUUGAAGAGCAAGAUUGCCAUCCUCCUUUUGACAUUCAUAUAUAUGGCGAAAGGGUGCUGGAUCAAUUCUCAUCAGACCAGGGAGUUGGAGAUCAGAAAUCUUUUACAGAGCUAGUUAGUGGCAAAGAAAAGCAUGAAGUUGCAAGGACAUUUGCAGCACUUCUACAGCUGGUAAAUAAUGGCAAUGUGGAUCUUGACAAGGGUAUGUUGACGGGUCAAUCCUUUUGCUUCACUGCAGAAAAGCCAUUCUUUGUAAGGCUUUUGAGUAGUAGUAGAAGGCAUAAGGAAAUGCUUAAAUACAGAGCACCGUCAAUGGCAUCUCCAACAGUGAAAGUGUCUAAAAAGAGCAAAAAUAAAUCCCCUUUGGAUCAUCAAGCAGGUAUUAAAAUAAUAGAAAAUAAGGAUAGUAGUAAUGGAUCUCCAGAAUCUGGCAGGUCUAAUAAAUUAUUGUCCUCUAAGCGAAAAAAUGGCAGUAGACAAAGGUUAGAAAGUUCUAAAAGGUUAGAAACACCCAACAAUGGAAAUUAUUCUGCUGGCACAAGCAGAAAAGUUCUUGGAUCUGGAUCCGGAUUCACUCCAGAAAGAAAGAGGAGGCGAAGACUCCUGUCUGUUAGGCCUCUCGAAGUUCAAGUUGGGAGAUAAAAUUGACAUCCCAUGUCAAACAAAUUUAUUUAGGUUCUUGUAUUUUAGACAUGUAACAACCCUCUUUCACAUUUCUUUGGUCUUAAGUUAUAAAUACGAUAUGCUAUAACCAUUUAGCAUGAAUAAAUAUCAGGAAGUGUAUUUAUGUGCAA